CCUAAAGUGGGAAGAGAAAUUUGCUUCCUGAUGACCUCGCGUAGCUUCUAAUUUCCAGUGUCCAUUCCUCAUUACCCUCAAGUGUCCAUGUUUACACUAUCUUCAUUAACUGCAAGCCUCUAGUGAUAACAAAGGCUUAGGCAAGACAUCAAUGGCCCAGAUAAGAGGAGAUGAACCGUUCUCUUUCUGGUUGACAAGCGGGCGAUGUUUACUGAAGACCAUAAGAGCUAAACCAGGACUUUGGUUCCCAUAUUGAGAGUGAAUUUAAAGAUAAUUGUCUGGAGAAAGCUUUCAGCUCAUUGGUUUCAGGCAUACCGACACAAAGCAUAAAAAUUCUGAUCAAGGCAGAGAUGCAGGCUGCGAGGAACCUCUUCAUCCCCAUCUGUUUCAGUUUGGUGGUGUCCAUCGGAUACUGCCGUUGCAAGACGUUAGCCAGCGCGGUUGCGAAGGAGGAGGCGGAGGACUUCUUCCACAGCGCUGAGGAAGACCUCUCUGUGGAGGAGGACGAGGACAAACAGGAGAGACAGGGGAUCUUCCCCGAGGGCAUGAAGGAGGAGUUCCUCCGCAAGCUGAACCUGUCUGGAGUCCCCCAGGAGCACAGCCGGAUAGACCCUCCGCAGUUCAUGAUCGAGCUGUACAACAGAUACGCCACCGACAAGUCAUCCAUGCCUCGAUCGGACGUGAUCCGCAGCUUCCUCCUCCAAGAGAUCACACACUCUGAAAAAAGUGACUACAUGUCAAAGCACAGACUGCUUUUCAAUGUUUCCAUUCCUGCCCAUGAGGAGGUCACCAUGGCGGAACUAAGGUUAUUCACCCUCCCCGAAGAGAGGUCAACAGUCGCGGCUCAGGCAACGAUAAAAGUAUACGCAGUGGAGUACAAUGAGGCCGAGCUGACGCUCCGCUUCCUCAGCAGCGAGAACACGGAGGGGACCCACCGCUCCUGGGAGGCGUUCGACAUCACCGACACCGUGCAAGACUGGCUGCGGUCAGGCCGUGGGGCCAACGAGCUGGAGGUGCACGUGGAGCGGAGGGGCUGCAGGGCCGUCGGCGGCGGGGGGCUGGACAUCAGCCUCAACCUGAAGGGCAACAGCUCGGCGGCCCUCGUCGUGUUCUCGGACGACCUGGGCAGCCGAAAGAAAGAGGCCGCGAAGGAGCUCCGGGACAUGAUGGCCCACGAGGAGGAGGGGGCCUUCCUGGAGGCGGAAGUGCAAGCUGGGGGCGGCGGCGGCGACGGCAGCGACAUCCCGGCCGACAUCCUCGCCGGCUUCCCACUGGACGUCCACCUGAGGCAACGACGGCAGGUGCGCAAGGACUACUGCCGGAGGACCUCGCUCCGCGUCAACUUCAAAGACAUCGGCUGGGACAAAUGGAUCGUGGCGCCAAAGGAGUACGACGCUUUCGAGUGCAGGGGCGUGUGCUACUUCCCGUUGACCGAUGACCUCACCCCGUCCAAGCACGCCGUGAUCCAAACGCUGGUUAACCUCAGGAACCCAAAAAAAGCCAACAAGGCGUGUUGCGUCCCAACCAAACUGGACCCAAUUACUGUCCUGUAUCGAGAGAAGGACGUAAUCACCGUGCGGCAAAUGUAUGAAGAGAUGCAAGUUGCGGAGUGCGGAUGUAGGUAGUGAGGUAACAUUCGAGCGGUCCCUAUUUAUCAUGUAAAUCUGUACAUUCCUGGAUUAAGUAGUAAUUCUUUAUUUAAUGUAUGUACAGUCAUAGACGCACAAAUAAGUGUAAAUACUGAACUGGUCUUAGGCAUAAUAUGCAAUUGUAGAUAUUAAUAUGGGAAAUCAAAUAUGUUUUUAUGG